ACUUUGGAGGUCAUUGAGUCUCCAGAAGAGGUUAGGAAACUAAUCGGAUCUAGUUAGGGGUCAUCUUAACUAAUUCCGGUGGUUACAAUAUUUAUAACAUUCAAAGCCCCUCUCAAUUAUAUAAAAACUCGGUUCAUCAAGCAGUGGAUUUUAAAGGGACUGUUUCUAAACUAAUUCACUAUCUGGUGUGACAGUUUAUUUGAAGCAUAGUUACUUAAUCUCCAUUUGUUCAAAAGUUUAGUAUUGCUUAGAAGAAUGUAUUUGAUGUCCAAUCUGCACUAGAUUGUCGAUAGUUUCUAGGCUAAUUCACCAAUUGCAAUCAUAGAACGGCGGUUAACCUAUAUUCCACGAAUAUUUGAUAUUACGGCGAUUCAAUGUCACCUCAGAUAUAUCAACAUAAAAUACUAAUGCUGUGUUCCGGCAGAAUUGAUAUUACAGUGUCUGUACUUGUUGAACCAGUCCCGGAGCAUCGAUCUUAAAUUUGGAACUGAAACAUUCGAAAGCUUUGUUUAGAUCUGCGAGUAUAAAACCAUUCAGAGUAUUUAUGUCUUUUGUUAUGGCACGAACUAAUAUAAUUGGGUUGGCCAUGCACUAAUUGAAAAUCUUCACUGUCUCGUUGCCGAACUUCUGACACAGGUAGUGUUUUCCCCUGUUUAUUGUCUUCUAAGGAAAAGAUAGUUUCACAUGAGUUUCAGCUUUAUUAUUUGUUUAAAUCCUUAAUUUACCAAAAGUUAACUGCAAAGGUAUAAGUUAGCACUAACGUACGUCAUAAUCAGCUAUAUCGAAGCCAUCUGCACACAUGUCAACCGAGACUGGUCAAAAUUCAUUUUUAAAAUAUCAACAUUUUAUUCCCGAUGUUCAUCACUUAUUUAAUAUUUACUCCUAAAGUGACAGACGCAAUGCUUCAAGUACUCUAACAAUCUCAAAGUUAUCUGGUGUCUGUUUUCGGGUUUAAACCACUUACAAUAAGAUUGAAAUUACAAGUCAAUGAGGUAUAUGCUGGCGUAAGCUUCCUUCAAUAUUAUUGUGACCCUGACUUGACCGGGGAAGCUUCGGCAAGGAUUUUCUUGGUGUAGUUCGUCGUGCUCUAUACUUGUUUUACAUGGCCUCUCAAGGCCGAAAAUAUUCAGUUACUGAUGCUUCCAAAGGAUUCAUUUACUUAUUACAUUUUGCUUACCUUUAUUUCAGUAGUAACUACUUGGUUUUGAGUGCGAUCUAGAAAUAUCUUCACAAGAAGAUGGAAAAUGAUGAAGUUGUACUUACUGAUAGCACGAAAAAAAUUAAAGCUAUAAUCCUAAUUGGUGGUCCAUGUAAAGGGACUCGCUUCAGGCCACUUUCGUUGGAGUUACCGAAACCACUUUUUCCGAUAGCUGGGUUUCCAGUUGUUUAUCAUCAUAUUGAAGCAUUUUCCAAGUUACCGGGAUUGAGAGAAAUCAUUCUUUUGGGAUUUUACCAACCAAAUGAGGCUCUAAACCAGCUGAUUUCAAAUGCUCAACACGAGUUCAAAGUUUCUGUUAGAUAUUUACAAGAGUUCACAUCGCUAGGAACAGCUGGGGGUAUAUAUCAAUUCCGUGACCAAUUAUUAUCUGGAUCUCCGGAUUUGUUGUUCGUGAUGAAUGGUGAUGUAUGUUGUGAUUUACCUCUUGAGGAAAUGCUCGAGUUUCACAAAUGUUUGGGUACUGGGGAUCGAUUUCUAAUUAUGGCGACUGAUGCGACACGUCAACAAUCUAUGAAGUUCGGUUGUAUUGUUGAAGACCCCAACACCCAUGAAGUUAUGCAUUAUGUCGAGAAGCCAGCAACGUUCGUCAGCACAACAAUAAAUUGUGGUCUUUACCUAUUUACUCCUGGAAUAUUUAAAUUUAUUCGUAUAGCUUUUCUUGAACAUCAGAAUCAACUAAAUUAUGAUUUAAGGCCUUCAUGCAAAGAAACUAUUCAUUUAGAACGAGAAAUAUGUCAACCGUUAGCUGGAAGUGGGACUUUAUUUGUCUAUCAUACCAAUCGGUUUUGGAGUCAAAUCAAAUUUGCUGGUGCUGUAAUCUAUGCUAAUCGUCAUAUAUUGUCACUUUAUGAAAGAACACAUCCUCAUAGACUUGCUAAAAUGACAAUACCAAGUUCAUCAAACCUACAAAUGUUAGAUGAUCCCAUUAAUUCAUCAUUAGUUGUAAUGAAUGGAGAUUGCCAACCAUCAAUUUGUGGACCGAUUAUAAUUGGUCAUGUAUUCAUACAUCCAACUGCUUCAAUUGAUCGAACAGCUGUUAUAGGACCCAACGUAAGUAUAGGUGAACGAGCUGUAAUACAAGCAGGCGUGCGUUUACGAGAAUGCAUUGUACUCAGGGAUGUUGAGAUUCGUGCACACGCUUGUUGCUUGAAUGCAGUAAUUGGAUGGAAUACAGUUAUUGGGGAAUGGGCCCGUGUCGAAGGUACACCCAACGAUCCUAAUCCUAAUAAGCAAUUUACCAAACUGGAAGUUUUACCUGUUUUCAAUGUUAAAGGUCAACUAAAUCCAUCCAUUACUGUGAUUGGUUCCAAUGUGGAAAUUCCUCCUGAAGUUAUUGUCCUGAACUGUAUAGUUCUACCACACAAAGAAUUAUCACAAAGUGCCAGAAAUCAAAUUAUUUUGUGAUGUACGUGUAAUCAAUUUAUAUUAAUACACAAACAUGUGUGUACGGGAGACAAUAUUGUAUACAAUUGGAGCAACUCCCAACUAAUUGGUCUCAACUGUUUGUUUCCCUAUGUAAUUAUUAGGUGGUUUGAGCAAUGUUUUUUAAAAAAAAAGUUAAUUAUGAAAGUAUGUAUAUUUUCACUUGGUACUUUCUUACUUUUCGAAGAAAAAACUAUUUACUUUAUUCUUAUGUAAGUGACAGGCAUGAUAUUUUCCUUUGAUUAUUUCAUUAUGAUUUAUUUAUCGCUUUGAUUUGUUUUUUUCUUCGAAAAAAGUAACUGUAAUUUGAUUCUAAAUAAGUUUAUUGUUUUUUUAAAAAGUUUUUGUAUCAUUGGACCAAUCGUGUGUGUAUCAACUGGUAUUAUUGCACGAUAGAAGUUUUAAAUAGGAAUGGGAGUUUCUGUCCUUCUACACAUUAUUUUAUAAUAUUGGUUUAGUUCUAAUUCGUAUUGUAUGUUACUUUAUACGAAAGGUGAUAUUUCUUCACUGUUUAUUAUCGUUGAUCCUAUUCGUCAGUUUGCUUUGUUAGUUCAACAUUUUUAUUAUCUUGUGUUUCCCAUUGUUCUAGUAGGCUUUCAGGGCAGUAAUGACAUGCCUGUUUAACCUUCAAAUAUUGAAUUAAUCCACUAACUUGAUGAAAUAGAACUUUUUUUCACC